GGAUCACCGUUUACUUCCGUCCCUCAUGGCCAACAAACGGAAGACAGCAAAUACGAAGGAGCCGUCGUCUACUACCGCCAAAAGUCCUAUCAAGCCACUCAUACAACUAUCUGAAGAAGAACAAUGGCGCCUCAUCAACGAAUCCGGCGUUCUACACAAGGUCGCCACUGCAGAAGACUCUCCUAGCAGUGAAGGAAUAAAACAAGGCCAAGAGGAAGACACGCCUCUCGCAGAAGAAAUAUUCGACGCCGUUGUGUUGAUAAUCCCGUUCACCUUCUUACUGGUCAUGAUGGAAAUUCUGAUACACCAACAAUAUGGAAGAGUUGCUACCUUAGAGAUCCUCACAGAUAAACUGAUUUCUGGUGUGCCAAUAUUGUCCGUGUUCAUAUUUUAUACAACCCGGUACAAGUCGCACAGAACCAUGCAGUUCAUAUUUUUUGUCAUCGCUAAUGUCGUUGGGCCAAGAAUGGUUUACUUGCUAAGCAGAGGCUCGUGGCUCGUCAACAUGAAGCAGUGCCCCCCUCUUGCUACAAUUUGGGUGUACACAAUCUUCCAGCUUAAUCUAGGACCCGCCGUUCUGAACUUGGUUAUCGUUGUAGCAUAUGUGUGGGGGAAGGGACUGAAAUUCAGAUGAAUAUACGAUCGAUCAAUAAUCUACAAUAAAUUGUACCCUGAUCAAGGGCUGCCUACAAUUACAUGGACAGUUUUACAUGACAAGU